CCUGGGGCGGUGAAUAUGCGCCGACCCCCUUGCAGUGACGUCACACGUCACACUUUACCAAGCUACCAACAUGGCAGCGCCCAUGAUGUGUUAGUACAUAAACGUGUAAAAGUGUAAACUCGAAAGUCUAGUAAUUCUGAAACUGAAAAGCCGGCGAUCGAUAGGCCUACAAAAUCUCAAGUUUUAUGCCGAGGUUUCAGGUCUGGCACAAUGAAGACUGUAUUUAUGGUAGCGGAGAAGCCAUCUCUGGCCCUAUCACUUGCCAAGAUACUUUCCAAUGGCAGCCUGAACUCUAAGAAGGGUUCCAAUGGAGCGUGCUCAGUGCAUGAGUACACUGGCACCUUCAGAGGCCAAUCUGCGAGAUUUAAGAUGACGUCUGUGUGUGGCCAUGUGUUUGGGCUCGACUUCACUGCAAAAUAUAAUGACUGGAACAGAGUUGAUCCUGCGGAGUUGUUCUCAGCAACCACUGAGAAAAAGGAAUCGACCCCUAAAUUACGAAUGCCGGUGUUUUUGUCUCAGGAGGCACGAGGAGCAGACUACCUGGUCCUCUGGCUAGAUUGCGACAAGGAAGGCGAGAAUAUCUGCUUUGAGGUGAUCGAUGCAGUUGACAGAGUGAUGAACAAACCACAAGGAAAUGAGCAGUACAUCUAUCGAGCCAGAUUCAGUGCCAUAACUGAUAAGGACAUCAAAGGAGCAAUGACCACUCUUGUGGCACCCAAUAAGAAUGAAUCGUUGGCUGUUGAUGCAAGGCAGGAACUCGAUUUGCGAAUAGGUUGUGCCUUUACCAGAUUUCAGACAAAGUUUUUCCAGGGGAAGUAUGGCAAUCUAGAUAGCUCCCUGAUAUCAUACGGACCCUGCCAAACACCUACACUGGGGUUCUGUGUUGAUCGGCAUGACCAGAUACAGUCUUUUAUACCUGAAACAUACUGGGUGCUACAACCACAGGUGACUUUACCAAAUGGAAAUGUCGUGACAUUGGAUUGGGAGAGAGUGCGCAUAUUUGACAAAGACGUGGCCCAACUGUUUCUCAAUAAAGUCAAGACCACCAACAAAGCCAUUGUCACGGAUGUGAGCAAGAAGGAGAAGGUGAAGCAACGACCGAUCGCACUGAACACCGUAGAGCUGAUGCGAGUGGCGAGCGCUACGCUUGGUCUGUCACCGCAGAGUGCGAUGGUGGUCGCUGAGAGGCUGUACACGCAGGGCUACAUCAGUUACCCACGCACGGAGACGACGUCUUACCCCGAGAACUUUGAUCUCAAUGGCACACUAAGGCAGCAGAGCUCAUCUCCAUACUGGGGCAAAUACGUGCGAGAUCUACUAGCACAGGGUAUACAUAAACCAAGGAAGGGUAACGAUGUUGGGGACCAUCCACCUAUCACACCGAUGCGAACAGCAACUGAGUCUGAGCUUGGUGAGGGAUGGCGCAUCUACGAGUAUAUUGUUAAACAUUUCAUUGGAACGCUUAGUCCUGACUGUAGAUACCUGCAAACCACUAUCUCCUUUGACAUUGCCGAUGAGAAAUUCACACUAGUUGGCAAAGAACUAAUUGCUCCUGGGUUCACGGCCAUCAUGACCUGGCAGGCUAUACCCGCUGAAGAGAGCAUGCCGCAGAUAGGCAAGGGUGAUGUCUGCCCAAUUCAAGAGGUGAAGCUUGUCGAGCGGCAGACGUGCGCUCCAGACUACCUGACUGAGAGCGAGCUGAUCACGCUCAUGGAGAAGCACUGUAUCGGCACCGAUGCAAGCAUACCCGUCCACAUCAACAACAUCUGUGUGCGCAACUACGUAACCGUGGGCAACGGCAGACGCCUCAUACCCACACCACUAGGAAUCAUGCUCGUGCAUGGCUACCAGCGGACGGAUGCAGAAUUGGUGCUUCCACACAUGCGCGCUGCCGUCGAGAAACAGCUGAAUCUGAUCGCGCAGGGUAAAGCUGACCACCAGGCGGUGCUGCUGCAUGCUGUCACCAUCUUCAAGCUGAAGUUCCACUACUUUGUGCAGCAGAUACAGCGCGUAGAUGAGCUGUUUGAAGUGACCUUCACCUCGCUUGCGGAGACCGGGAAACCGCUGUCAAGGUGUGGCAAAUGCCGGCGCUUCAUGAAGUUCAUUCAGGCGAAGCCUAGCCGGCUGCACUGCGCUCAGUGUGACGAGACGUACAACCUGCCGCAGAACGGCAACAUCAAGCUCUACAAAGAACUCGCUUGUCCUCUCGACGACUUUGAACUCGUGCUGUGGACCUCGGGAUCGAAGGGGAAGUGCUACCCGGUGUGCCCAUACUGCUACAACUAUCCACCGUUCAAGGACAUGCGGAAGGGCAUGGCGUGUAACGAGUGCACACACCCUACCUGUACAUACAGCCUGUCCAUGAAUGGCGUCGCGUCGUGCAUGGAGUGUGAAAGUGGUGUUCUGAAUCUCGACCAAACGUCCGGUCCCAAGUGGAAGCUAGCCUGCAACAAGUGUAACGUGGUCAUAGCAUGUUUCGAGGAUGCGUACAAGGUCGGCUUGGCGGACAGCGACUGUGAAAAGUGUGACGCGACAAUGAUGACUAUCGAUUUCAACAAGUUGAAGAAUCCGCUUGAGGAUGGGCAGACCCAGCAUACAGGAUGCGUCUUCUGUGACCCAAUACUAGCACCCCUAACUGGACUACGUCAUGCCCGAAUGACUGCCCGGAGACCAGGGGGAGGCGGUGGAAGGGGAAGGGGGCGUGGUAGGGGAAGGGGAAGAGGCCGGGGAAAGCCACCAAAAGAUAAAAUGUCGCAGCUGGCAGCAUAUUUUGUAUGAAAGCAAUGUUGCCAAUGUGAUUAAAGCAGUUUUAUAUUUGCUAUCACCAUCUGUGUUGUUUUUAAUGCACAGUGUGUUUGCUCUCUAUCUAGAAAAAUCAAGUGUUGGAUGAAACCUAACAAUUCUCAAGUGUUUUGUACGAUAGCUAAUUAGUUAACUACAUUCUACCACUAGGAAAGACGUGAUGAUAGACUGGAACCUAGGGCAUAAUUAGCAAUGCAGAGAGCAGUGUUAUAUUACAUUAGAUCACAGUCAGAUAGAAAUGCUGUGAAUCGCUCAACAAUUCUGCACGUUACCAUUUAUGCAAAGCUAUUUCUAGUCGGUACCAGCAAUAUUGCUCCAACCAUUUCUGCACGGCUGUAUACGGACGGCACUGGCACUGUUGUAAUUGAAAGCCAGGUAAGGUGAAUGCUGUAUCUAUGGAAUUUAGUCCAUUGUUGGCUACUUAUAGCUAGGUAGCAGGUAAAACUUUAUUGAUGAAGAUGGUCUUUCAGAGUUUCUUAUCCAAAAGGUUGUUUACAGCAGGUAAAACUUUAUUCAUGGAAUAACAGUAAACUGGUAUGAGAAUGUAUGCUAAUUUUAUAAUGUGAAAAAAUUGUUAACGUUAAAUGUUAUUACAGUUCCACAUUUCCCUUAUACGACAUGGCAAACUUGUUUCAUACCAGGUAUGACACUACUGUAUGAUAGACAAUGAUACAAUGUUUGGUGCGUUUAGGAUUUAUGAAUUUUAUAAGUGCAAUGAUUGUCAACAUGACCUCUUUAGCCUUUGUGACCAGUUAAAUCUUAAAAAAUAAAUAGUCAUCAUAAACAUUUGGUUAUGGGGAAUCUUGGAAGGACUGAUUGUCUCAAAACUAUUAAAAACCCAGCAUGCUAAAUGGCAAAGUCAACAACGCAUGAAUAAUAGUGAAGGUCGUUCAAAAGGUCGGAAAAAACUGUUUCCACCAUAUGUAUGUAUUGGAAAUAAACAUUUUGAGCAGUUGGUGUAGGCAGAGCGAGGCGUCAAGAGCAAAUCUGCCAAACCUUACCUUAACGUUUUUUACGAACAAUCCGCAGAAUAUCAUUAAAAGAUUGUCCACUGACCAAUGAA